AUGGAGUUUCUGAAGGAAUUUCUUGAGGAAUGGAAAAAUGCAAUUGCAGGUGUGAAGGACCGUGUGAUGUGUGAGAAAAUGAAUGUGGAGAGUGGAUACGAGAUGAAGGAUUUGAAGAAUAUAUCGAAUGGGGGAAAGGGAAGAGAUGGUUAUGAGAGGGACAAGGAGAAUGAGGAAUUUUUGUAUGAUGGAGACUUUGAUGGAAGUGCAUUUGAUCAGGAAAGCCUGAUUCCAGGGCACAUUCCAGUCAUAAAGAGCAAGGAUGGAGGCCUGGGCAAAAGGACCUCUGAGGAGAGUGAAAGGAAUGGAAUGAAUGGACAUCCUUCGGUUUCUUGUAAGAAAGUAAGCCAAGGAUGCAAGGGUGGCUACAAGGAGAUUUCCAUGAGAGAAAGUCCUCGGAUAAUAGACAUGGAUUCUAGAGAGAUCUACAAGGGAACAAGACUCAAGAAGCCUUCUGUAAUCGGGGAUUUUCCCAGCUUAUUGAAGAAAAGAGAGAUGGGGGAAGCACAAUGCAAUGAUGCAGAAUUGGAAAAUGGGAUUGGAAGGAGACUACUUGAACUGCAGCAAAGGGCAUCAGGAACCUUAAUGCAAAUUCCAAAUUGA